GCAUGCCAAGGGGCUUGGGAAUGCUGGCGGUUGGCGGCUGCAGUCUCUAGAUCUCUCCAGGGUGGAAGGAAAGUGAGACUGUAAAACCUAAAGGAGGGCUUUGGGGAAAGCUGUGGAGAGAGGCGAUAAGAGUCUGUGCCCCCGAGGGAGACUGCUCCCUGGGUCCCAGGAGCUGAUUACCAGGCUGUCAUUUCCUCCCCAUCUCUAUCUCCUUCCUGCUCCUGGCCUGGCUCUCCUUGGAGCUGGUAGAGAGAAGGACCGAGUCAUACCCUGGAAGAAGCUCUGUGCCUUCAGAGGUCUUUCUGCCUGACUGUUCAUAUGGCUCUCCUCAUCUUGCUGUUCCUGCUGCCAAGUCCCUUACAUUCCCAGCCCACUUGCACCAUCUCCAAAGUGACCAGCCUGCUGGAGGCAAACUGUGAGAACAAGAAACUGACAGCACUGCCUGCAGACCUGCCAGCAGAUACAGGCAUCCUCCACCUGGGCGAGAACCAACUGGGUGCCUUCUCCACAGCAUCCCUGGUGCAGCUCACUCAGCUUACUCACCUGUACCUGGAUAGAUGUGAGCUGACCAACCUGCAGACCGAUGCUAAACUGUUAAAGCUGGAAACCCUGGACUUAUCCCACAAUAAGCUUCAGAGCCUGCCCUCCCUAGGACGGGCACUGCCUGCACUCACUACUCUAGAUGUCUCCUUCAACAAGUUGGGCUCACUGUCUCCUGGUGCCCUGGAAGGCCUAAGCCAACUCCAUGAGCUCUACUUGCAGAACAAUGAUCUUAAGAGUCUGCCCCCUGGGCUCUUGGUGCCCACAAGCAAGCUGAAGAAACUCAAUCUGGCCAACAACAAAUUGCGUGAGCUGCCCCCCGGGCUCCUCCAUGGGCUGGAGGAUCUUGACACCCUCUACCUUCAAGGGAACUGGCUGCGCACAGUCCCAAAGGGUUUCUUUGGGACCCUCCUCCUGCCUUUUGUGUUUCUCCAUGCCAACACCUGGUAUUGUGAUUGUGAAAUCCUCUACUUGCGCCACUGGCUCCAGGAAAAUUCCAACAAUGUCUACUUAUGGAAGGAGGGUGUGGACGUCAAGGCCAUGACUCCUAACGUGGCCAGUGUACGAUGUUCCAAUUUGGGACAUGCACCUGUCUACUCCUACCCGGGGAAGGGCUGCCCUACUAAUGGUGGUGACACAGACUACGAUGACUAUGAUGAUGUCCCUGAUGUCCCUGCCACAAGAACUGAGGUCAAGUUCUCUAACACUAAAGCUCAUCCUACCCACUGGAGCCUACUCUCCACAGCACCUUCUACUUCUCAAGACAGCCAAAGGAUUUCUUUGCCUCCAACCCAUGAACCCACUAAGAAACAAUCUACAUUCACCCACACACAGAUCCCAGGUUUCACCACACUCCCAGACACCAUGGAAUCUAAUACAACCUUCUACAGUUUAAAACUCAACACUGUACUCACCAGCGCCCCAAGCACCCUAAAGCCCACCUCCACCCAGGUUACCCCAGAGCCCAAUAUCCAGCCAAUGCUUACCACCUCCAUCCUGACUACUCCAAAGCCCAGCACCACCCCAGUCCCCACUACUGCCACCCUGACUACCCUAGAGCCCAGCACCACCCCAGUCCCCACUACUGCCACCCUGACUACCCCAGAGCCCAGCACCACCCCAGUACCCACUACUGCCACCCUGACUACCCCAGAGUCCAGCACCACCCCAGCACCCACUACUGCCACCCUGACUACCCCAGAGCCCGGUACCACCCCAGCACCCACUACUGCCAUCCUGACUACCCCAGAGCCCGGUACCACCCCAAAUACUCUAGUGUCCACUAUCUCCCCAGUGCUCACUACCACCCUGGAUACUCCAGAGUCCACCCCAACUGAGACUAUUUCAAAACAAUUUUUUACCACAGACCUUACUUUACUCCCUACCUUAGAAUCUACCACAACAAUCCCAGAGUGGAACAGCUUCCCAAAUUUCCAAGAGGUGGCUCAAGCAAGUUCUGACCCUUCUGAAAGCAAUCCUUCCCUUGAUUCUGACUUGUGCUGCCUCCUCCCCCUGGGCUUCUAUGUUCUGGGUGUCCUCUGGCUCCUAUUUGCCUCUGUGGUCCUCAUCUUGUUGCUGACCUGGAUCUGGCAUGGGACACCACACAGUAUGGAUGUGGACCAAUCUACUGCACUGGCCACAAGCACACACACCACAUGCCUGGAGGUGCAGAGGGCACGGCAAAUAACUAUGCCCCGGGCCUGGCUGCUCUUCCUACAAGGAUCACUCCCUACUUUCCGGUCUAGCCUCUUCCUGUGGGUAAGGUCUAAUGGGCGUGUGGGGCCUCUGGUAGCAGGACGGAGACCCUCAGCUCUGAGUCAGGAUCGUGGUCAGGACCUGUUGGGCACAGUGGGCAUUAGGUACUCAGGCCAUAGUCUGUGACAGUGAGUGGAGAUCCUAAGACUUCAUUGGACUUUACUAGGAUCUAGCUGGGAUGGGAGGUUGAGACCAUUACAAGACAUCCUAUUCAUUUCUUAUCUGAAGCCCCCUCUUUACAUCUAGGCACCCAACUCCAGACCUCACAAAUCAAGAGAGGUGAUAUAACCGGGUGGUCACAGGACCAUCCUCCCUAUGCUGCUUAGAACAUUGCUGGGCUGGCUACAUGGUCACUGCUACCACCUUGUGGGGGGAAAAAGCUAGAAAAAGCAAAGAGAAGCGGAGCAUGGCUCCCAUUCGAUCACACUUGGAAGAAACAUGGAAAGCCAUCAACCAGGACGGGAGCACUAUCCCUAAGAAUCAGGAGUAUUUUUUUCCCUGUUUAACACUUUCUGGUUUUCUACAAGUGUUAUCAUUUGUAUAAUAAAAAUAUUUUUUAAAAGAAAA